AACAAAGAGGGUAGCAGCAGGCAGCAUGUCCUCUAAAGUUCAAUCCAAAGGCUCCAAAGCCAAGGACCACCAACCCUCAACCCAGGAGAAUCUGCCACCCCCAGAGGCCAACGCUGAGGCCAUCCGCUUCCUGAACUCCCUCCGGCAAGAGGAGCUGCUGCUGCUGUUCUUCUCAGAGACUCUGGUCAUGGUCUCGGACACAGGGGAGCCUCAGGGAGAGCUGACCAUUGAGGUGCAGAGAGGGAAAUACAAAGACCAAUCUGGUGUCAUAACGUACUUCCCCUUCGUGCAUGCCUCCAGCCGAGGCUUCGUGGACAAAACACUCUGCGGAAGCUCCCUUCUGGCCUAUCUCUCGUGGAAACUGGAGGUUGUGGAACAACAGAGUCAGGAGUUCAUCAAGUUCCACAUUCUCCCCAUGGAACAGAAGACGAGUUUGCUGAAGCAGGAUGAUCAGCUGGCCAUGACCAGAAUGGUCAAGGAGGGUGAGGAAGUGAAGACCGAAGUGACUUUCUUCCCCAGGCCCUCCAUUGAGGGCUUCGUCUCCCAGGCCGCUAACCUGGUGUUGCUGAGGGUGAUGGCCUGGCGUCACACGGUGCCCAGCAAUGCUCGUUUCCUGGCCUUGGACACUGAAGGCAAACUCUGCUAUUCUACCUACCAAGCCCUGGGCUCCCAGACAAUCCAGGUGGGCCAUCAGCAGGUGGAAGUGUUCAUUGUGGAGCAGACGGUACACUCAGAACAAGGCAUCCCCGUGUCCUGUCAGUUUUACCUACUCUCUGAUGGGCACCUGGCCAAGAGGAUCCAGGUGGGCUCCCCCGGGUGCUGCAUGAUCACCAAGGUGCCCAUAUUGAGGGAAGAGGAUGAUAUUGAGCAUCGCCCAGCAUUUAAGAAGAAGCCCCUGGUGUGGGAGGAGGACCUGGAGCUCUACUCGUGGUUCCUGGACCGCAAGGUGAGGAGCAGCUGCAGGCAGCCUGAGGUCCCCACUCCCUUAACCCCCUACCCCCACCCUGGGCAUAUAUUCCACCCUUUGUCAUCACUUUUCCUGCCCGGUUGAAAUACUGCACCC